AUGAUCUUGUCGUGUCAACAUUGGGGAGACUGCCUGGCGCAUAACACGCCUGAGACUGCUGCCGAGGUUCAAACUCGACAAGUUCCCGGGGGGAAUGCCGUCGGAAAGAAAUUGGACAGGUGCCAUCGGCGUGCCCCUCGAUUUCCCCGCGAAAUCGAUCGUUUGAAUUUUUCUGGCGAUGGAGCGCACCUUCCGCAUUGAAGAAAAUUUUCGCUUUUUUUUCUGCUUCCUAUUUUGACUUUUCUUUUUGUUAUUUUUUGAAGUAUUUACGAUGUACUUAUUUUGAAGUUACUUAACGUUGAAUAUGACAAUGACUUGUUUAAAAGCUCUACAUUGUUCCUAAUUUGAUAAUUCGCUACUUAGUCAAUGUAACUCGAGAAUAAAGAUGAUUUUGUUUUGUUCUGGUUAGGAAAUCAUAUUCUCUAAGAGGAAUUUAGUUUUUUAAUGUUAUAGUGACAUAUUCAGAUGAGCGCUCCGAUAAAACUUCCAAAAAAUAAAAAGCUUACGGAAGCCGAGAGGAAUGAACUCGCGAAGAAGCUCGACGAUGACUUGGACCAAUUUAUGGAGGAGAUGGCCGCUAGACGGGUUUUUCUUUGCAAAAAAAUGUUUUUCAAUGGAAAUUUGUUUGAGAACGCCGAUCCCAAGCCGAAAAAACCAUUCGAUUUUGAUGAAUGGUGCAAGGAAAUCGAUAAGCAUCCGGCUUUUAUGAAAGAUUUGAAGCCCGACGGCGAAUAUUCUGAAGCCAUUCAGGCUUUGCAGGUUUAUUUUUCUGAGAUUUAGAUAAUUUUGAGUUCAUAUGAUCUCAGGCUUUGAAAUACGACGAAGACGAUGCUGGCGACAAGACGGUGAAUGCAGAAGCUUCGAAAAAAGAGGGAAAUAAACAUUUUGGGUUGAAAAAGUACCGAUGGGCGACGGAUUGUUAUACCAAAGGUUAUUCAAUUUUUGAUUUUUGGAUUGUAUAGUUUUUUUGGGUUUUUAAAAGUGCAUGGAUAGUUUUUAUGAAGGUCUCGAGGCGAUGAGCCGUUUGAAAUUUUGAAAUUAAGGAUUUUUUUCAUUCGAGUUUUAUUUAAACCAAAAAAAUUAAUUUUUUUAAUUAGUUGAAAGAAAAACGGUGAAUAAAUAUAUAAUCAUAGUUUAAAUUACCGCCUGAAAAAAAUUUUUCACUUUUUGGGUUUUUCGAAUUUCCCGAAUGCUCCUUAAAAAAAUUUUUUUCAGCGGCACCUAUUAGAUUUUUUUCGAGCCUAUUUCAUAUUUUUAUUAAGAAUAGUCUAAAUUAUGGAGAUAGGGGGGGUUUCGAGACAUUUAUGUACGAUUUUUUUCAAUCCAAAGGCAAGUUUGAAAUGAUGAAAUUUUCAUUUUAGGCUUAUUUCACCGCAUUAAAUCAGUUUAAAAAACGAUGAAAAUAUUUCCCAGGAAUCAAGGAAAACUGCCUCGACCGGAAACUCAACGCCGUUCUGUAUUUCAACCGUGCGGCCGCCCAAAAACACCUCGGAAAUCUGCGGAGUGCCGUCAAAGACUGCACCGUGGGACGAAAGUUCGACCCCAUGCACUUGAAAGUGAUUUUUGCCAUUUCUCAGAGAGUUUAUGAGGAUUUUCCAGCUUUAGGGCGUCAUUAGAGGGGCUGAGUGUCUAUUGGAACUGGGAUACGGUAGAGACGCCUUGGAUUGGAUCGAAACUUCCAAACUUUCCUUCGCUUUUCACAAGGAAACUUCAGAGAAUUGUAAAUUUUUCAGACUUUUCAUUUGUUAGAAAAUCUCCAUAAAAUACUGUUAGUUUAUCAGAAAUAAAUUUCCUACUCAGGGCUUAAGUAAAAAAACUAAAAAAAUUUGUUUUCUCCGUGAUUUUUCUAGAUUUUUUUCAAACUCGUUUAAAGAGUCAAAAAAACCAUUUUGGAUUAAUUUUUGAGAAAUAUUUUUUUCACUAAUUGUUCAUUUUCAGACAAUUUUAAAGUAGAAUAUUGGGAAUUUUAGGCCAAGAAAAUCUGAAAAAAGGGGGCGAUUUCUAAUCGAAAUACAAUUAUGUUUAAAAAAAUUAGCAUUUUUAAAACAUUUUUCAAAUAAUUAGAAAAAAAGUUAUUUUCAUUUUUUACAAAUGAAAGCUCUAAAAAAAUUCUGAACGUUUUUCGUUUUUUUCAAUUUUUUUCGAUGUGAAUAGUUUCUCGAAUUAUUGAAUCUAGCUGAAACAAUUUGAUAAAACUUCAAUAAGUAAAAAUUUUCAAAGUAGUCAUUAGAGAAAAUUUUAAAAAAUGUUCUAGCCGACCUAUCGGACGAGGAAAAGAAACAAAUCGACGAUUUGGAGAAACUCCGAGUCAAAGCCGUACAAACGGCGGUUCUCGAAGAGCGCAAUGAUCGCAAAAGCAGGGCUGAGGUCGUUUUUUCACUUCAAACUUUGAUUAGAAUUAAAAUUCUUCAGGAAAAGAAAGAAGUUGAGAAGAAGAAAAAGCUCCUCGACGCUUUGAAAGAGAGAAAUUUGAAUUUGAAUCCGCGGGUGCCUUUCUCGAACCCAGAACUGAUGGAUUGGGCCAGGCUGGACGUUUCUUUACCAUUAAUGCAUUCUGUUAGUUUUAUUUUUUUCAUUUUUUUAAGGGAUGAAAAAGUAUGAAUCACAUAAUUUAGAAAAUUGUGGUAUAUUCAUAUUUUUUGAAAAUUUUUAGUUUUAGAAGUUUUUUUUUAUUUUGACUGUCUUCUCUUUGAAAUCAUUAUUUUAUCUGUUUUAUUUUUGUUUUUACUGAUUUUUUUAAAAAGCAAUUUUAGUUAAUUCUAGCUGGAAUGAGCAUUGUCUGAAAGUCUAAAAAUGUCUAAAAGCUAUAGAGUGUGCUAAACGUGGAGAUAACCAGACAGUCAUGGAAAUGUUGAAUUUUUUUAUGUUUUUUUAACGAAUUUAAUAUAAUAAUUGUGUGUUGAAGAUUUUCUUUUCAAAUUUCAAACUAUUUUGCCAAGUUUCUGUGCUUUUUUGAACUACAAGUUCCGUUAACGUCAAAAAUUCAAGAAUAAUAAAAUUCUACUCUUGAAAAAAUCAUUUAUACUUUCUUUUUUUAAUUUCGGUUUUAUCUCAAAAUGAACAGAAAGUGGCUGAUUUACUUUUUUUAAAAUAUUUUCAUGAUAUUUUUGAGAAUUUUUUUCAAUGAGUUUUGCAAACGAAAUGAUUUAUUUUCAUAUUUCAUCAUUCAUAGGCAAAGUUAGAAAGGGUGGAAAAAAAGGCUUCCUGAAAAUGUUCCCUUUAGGAUGACAAAGGUUUCUAUUUUGCUGCCGUUUUGCCCCAUUUCAUCGGCUCUUAUGCACCAUUUUUUGCUGCCUUUCCCUUUUUCCAUCAUUUCUUGAGCCUUCAAAAUCCUAGAAAAAAAAAUAAAAGGCUCGAUAAUGGGACCCUUUUUGCUGCUUUUCUGCAGCCUUUUUUGAGCCUCUCCCUUUUUAGCGACCAUUAUCCACCAUUCCGACUUGAGAAUCAUAUUAAAAAUAUUAAUUUUAAAUUAGGAAUAUUUAUUCAUUUCUUUUUAGAGUUUUCAAACUAUCGCUUUGUGUGGGCACUUUUUGAGACAAGAUUUUUUCCUCAAAUAAAAAAAAAACUUUCAUAUUUCAAGUCUAAUUUUCAAGAGUUAAAAUUUUUUUCAGCAUGAACGUGUGAAGUUUGACGACGAGGGAAACUUGGUCUGGCCGAUUUUACUACAGUAUCCUGAGGUCUUUUUUUGAUUAGAAGAAAAAAAUCUAUGAAUUAAAAAAAUUCUCUCUCCAUAUCAUAUUUUACAACUGAAUAAUUUAAUUUCCAAUAAAAAAAUGACAAUUUUUAGGCCGGACAAACGGAUGUUCUGACGGAAACGAGUGAGACGACACUGCUUGGCGAAAUUAUGAGAGAAGUUUUGGCGAAUCCACCCGAAUGGGACACGAAUAAUCAGUUUAGGUAUGGUUUUUUUGUGUUUGAGAAAAAAAGAUUUUUUUAUUUGAAGAAAAAAAUUGAGAUUAAAGUUUUCUGUCCUUUUUGAAGGAUCAAGGUGCAUUGAAAAUUUGAAAAUAUGUGUUUUGAAUUAGACCUUUAUUUCAAGCUCAAUUCCUUGAUUUCUGCCUCAAGCUUGGAAGAAUGAAAAAAAGCCUUUUCAAAUUGGAAACCAAGAAAUUUUCAUAAGAAAUCCGGUUUUUUUCAACUUCUCAAUUUUUCAUUUUUAUUUUUUUGUAAAUUAAAAAUUCCUGUUUCUACGGAAAAAAAUGUAAGUGGAAAUGUUUAUGUUGAUCAUUUCAAUGACAAAAUAUACUUCUCCUUCUCAAAAAGUGUUUUGGAGCUUUUUCAACUAACGAAAGUUCAAAAAACUAUGUUUUUAAAUAGUCCAUUUGCCAAACGGUAGAUAUUUCUCUGCGCCCUCUUCGCCUCUUGACGUCUCUCUUAUGUUUACGUGCUGUUUCCAUGUUUCUCUGACUUUGUCGGUGAGGGAACGGAGAGACGCAGACAGGCAGAAAGUUUCAAGUCGCGGCGAACGGAAUAUAAGCAUUUUGUCGGGAGCUAAAUGAAUGGAGCAUGAUUAUUUUGUAGAAAAGUGAAUUUUUUUCAAGGUGUAAGAAAAGAAGACAGCGAAUUUUCAAAGCGGCGACUUUUCUGAUUUUUCCAUAUAGGGAUUUUUCCGAAUAUUUCCUUUCCGAUUUUUCUCUUAUGUUUUUCGGUUUAAAAAGAUCUAUUAACAUUGUUUUUGUGUUUUAAGCAUGAAUAAACUACCUAAUUUAUAGGAGAAGAUUUUAAAACGAAGAGAUUAUCGAGAAAAAAAAGUCGGAAAGGCUGCCAUUCGAAAUUCCGCUUGUUUUAUUUCAUACCCCCUUUUUGAAACGACUUUCUGCAGUUAUGAGAACGUGCGAUUCUUCGUGACGGAUGAGUAUGAAGAAUAUCUGAUGGAGGUUUUUGAGUGGAACGAUUUCAAAAGCAUUCUGAGCCUUCCCGGUUUCCAAAUACGACAAGGACUUCCAGUAAUUAUGGUAGGAUGUUUAUCGAUUUUUUGAGAAUAACUUCAUUUUUUCCAGAUAAUCACCCGAGACCACGCCGACACGAGCUUGAACUGUGUGGCGGAAGGAGAAAAUAAAUUUGUCGUUCGAUAA